AUGGGGUUGAGACUGGAUAUCAGCAAGAUUUGUCAGAUUCGUGACUAUGGAAGUCUCAUUGACUUGGUGGAAAGAGCUUCAUUGACUGAGCGCAAUAUUGAAGAGGAAAACAAACUGACCAAGAGUGCACCGCAAAAAUCUGCUCGAACAACAGAACCAGUGAGACAUCAGCAAGAUAGUCGGGGAGUUAUUGCUGGAAGGGACAAGGGAGCAGCAUGCAGCCGGUGUGGAAAGAAUCAUAGCGGAACUUGCAUGAGUUCUACAGGGUUAUGCUACAAUUGCGGCCAGCCUGGACACACAAAGGCGACUUGUAGGAAGUUUAUGGGCACAUGCAAUUCUUGUGGAAAAGUAGGUCAUCGUGCUAAAGACUGCAGGGUGAGACAGCAUGGUCAGAUCAUCGGCAAUCAAAACAGGGAACAGUUGCCUCCGCCUCCAAAGAGACAGACAGUAGCUCCCCGUGCUUAUGUAGCAGGAGAUCAUGAGGGCAACGAGCCAAUCGCGGGAUCUAUCUCUGUUGGAGAUGUCGCUGCAUACACAUUGUUUGAUAGUGGGGCUACACAUAGUUUUGUGAGCCCAAAACUAGUAAAGUGUUGGCACUUUAAGGGAAAAGUUCGCAAUAAAGAAUGGAAAGUCGAAACCGCAGGAGAUGAACCGAUGAAAUCUUCAAGGACUUUCAAGGAUGUUCUGAUUAUAAUUGAAGGUGUUGUACUUCUCGGAAAUCUUGUGGAGAUGAAGUUGGGUCGUUAUGAUGUUAUACUCGGAAUGGAUUGGUUAAAACAACACGACGCGUUAUUAGAUUGCCGAAAGACACGGAUUACCUUUUCAGGACCAGAAGGAAGAAUGAGUUACCAGGGGCUUAAGCUUCAGAGUGGAAUUCCAAUUAUCUCAAUGAUUCAAGCAGAAGAGUUGCUAGCAAAGGGAAACGAAGCUUACCUUGCCACAAUAACUAUGGAGGGGGGGCGAAGUAGAUGCAGAGCUAGACACUAUUCCAGUCGUAGCUGA